CCCUCCCUCCCCCCCCAUCCCGGCUCACUUCACGACGGUGAGACGCGACGCGACGAGGCGCACCUGUCCGCCGCCGCCGUUCGGCCCCGCAGGUUUCUUCCUGGUUUUGUCCUCGAGUCCCGAAGUUUGACCCAGAAAACUGCUGAGCAUCCCGUCAACCCUCCUGAAUACUGGAAACUGGCGCCGGACCGGUUGCUGCUGUAGCGGUGUGGCCGGGCGGCCUGGCUGCCCGCCUGCCUCCAGAUGAAUGAAGAGCACUCCGGGACACAGAGACACAGCUGAUACAGGGCAUGCAGGUGUUUCUGCAAAUAUGAUGAAGAAAAAGAAUCCGCACAAAAAGCAUAAGAGCAGCCUGGGCCCGACCACCAAAGUCCUGUCGCAGCCCAGACGCAACAUCGUCGGCUGCAGGAUUCAACACGUCUGGAAGGAAGGAGGAGGACACGUGAUCUGGAAGGGAACAGUGCUGGACCAGGUGCCGGUGAACCCGUCUCUCUAUCUGAUAAAGUACGAUGGGUUCGACUGCGUUUAUGGUCUGGAGCUUCAUAAAGACGAGAGGGUCCAGGGACUGGAAGUUCUCCCUGACAGACUGGCUAAAUCCCGUCUGACAGACGUCAACCUGGCGGACGCCAUGAUCGGUAAGGCAGUGGAGCACAUGUUUGAGACGGAGGAGGGUCCGAAGGAGGAGUGGAGGGGGAUGGUUCUGGCCAGAGCUCCCAUCAUGACCACCUGGUUCUACAUCACCUACGAGAAAGACCCGGUUCUCUACAUGUACCAGCUGCUGGACGACUACAAAGAAGGAGACCUCCGUAUUAUGCCCGACUCCAACGACAGCGUCCCGGCGGAGAGGGAACCCGGCGAGGUGGUGGACAGCCUGGUCGGCAAACAGGUCGAGUACGCCAAAGAGGACGGCGGCAAGCGAACGGGCAUGGUCAUCCACCAGGUGGAGGCCAAGCCGUCCGUCUACUUCAUCAAGUUCGACGACGACUUCCUCAUUUACGUGUACGACCUGGUCAAGACUUCGUAAGACUGUGCGGACGUCCUAAAGGCCCCCCGACCAUGUGACGGAAACGAAACACGGCACACGUUGAGACACCUGAAGCAUUUAUAACCCAGCAUUUGUUCCUCAGACCAUCAAAGACGACGUAAAAGACCCCAAAACAAAGAUUUUUCACAACGGAAAAACACAGGACGGGCGGUUCUUGACCCUUAAAAUCGAAAAACGUAAACUCUCCGUGGUUUUACGUUACCUUGAAUUGGUCCAAAACUUUUUCAGGCCCUUUAAUACAUUUCUGACUAAAGCAAAGAAUCUUCUUUUAUUGUAGAAAAAGGCUGUGAACAGAUGAAAUGUUUUGUUCGAGUGAGAGCGAGGUUUUAGAAUCAAAAGAAAAUCAAUAUGUAGGAUGGAAUAGGAACAGAUUAACAGUAGCCAACCCUCCUUUGCUAAAACACCAAGGUUAAGGAAAUGUGAUGUUGAAGUCCUUGAACAUUUCUGGAGUAGUUUUCAAAGAUUUCUUUUCCACUUCGACUGAAUCAUCUGGAAGAUGAGCAGACUCCCAGUGAAGAAAUGUAGCCUGGAGCCAGUUGGUAGAAGAGGCUUGGUUUUAAAGUCUCAAAUCAAAAUUUAAAAUAAAAAAAAAAAAGACUUGAAGAAGAAGAAUUCAUGCAAUCACGAUGAAGAACGAGUCGGUGUUUGGACUCUGAGACGUUGACAAACAGCACGGCUCAGCGUCGAUGAGAACUUUUGUAUUUGUUGGCGUAUGGGAGCCCAUUUCUGCCACAAAAAGUUAAAAACUAAAAAAAAAAACUAAAUAAAAAAUUCUGAGGUAGAUAAAAAACAGUCGAAAAUCAAAAUCUCGACGAAGUAGAUCUCACGUGUUGUCAUCUUGUGUUCCCUUUUCAGAGAAAACAUGCUGAACUCUGUUUGCAUUUUUUAUUGUGAUUUUGACAUAAUCUUGUUUAAUAUUUCAUGAGUUAAAUUUUAUGAAAUGAACCACCAGUAUUUGCUUCUGUCACAAUCUUGACUGAAGCGUCAGAAUUUUAUGUAUUAUGUCGAGCUUCUCUCCAGUGAUUAGUUUCUUAUCUUAUGUCAUGAUUUCGACAAAUUAAGAAUGUUUUCCCAAAGUGUCAUCGAUUUUUUACGAAGCAGAAAUGGGCUUCCGUAUAACAGAUCGAUAAAAACAGGAAGAUUAAUCCCAGUUUAACAUCAAAGUCGGACUUUCUGAAGCCUCGGAAACCUUUGGCUCAGAGUAAAACCGUCUUCAGCCCAAGCCAGAAGGUUUGGUCGCAUCUCUGACUGAGGACGCACCGGAAAUCUCAAGAAACCCAAAACCUAAUUUAUGGCCCUUUUGUUGGACUGGACUUCUGCUCCGGUCGUUGUACAGAGCAAAACAAGACUGAUUUUGUUUCGUCACAUGUUGUGCUACGUACACAGGCUCCAUGUCGCCAACUUCAGCAUUAAUGAAGGUCAGCAGAUCCUCGUCUAAAGACGUCCACAGUUCAAAACUGUGAUUUGAAAAAAAGAAAAAAAGACGGGGCUGUUUUUUUUUCUUUGCGUUUCGCUUUUAUCAUUGCCAAAACCCCUUCCUGUUGUGAAGUUGUUUGAUGUUAAAGACGAUCGGACAGCUUUUUUCUUGUGAUUUCACUGAAGCCUUUUGGAUUUACUCUCGUGUUGUCUUUUCUAAGUCGCCAAUGAAGGAGCAACGAGACGGAACUGAAACUCGGCCGAAGCCUUUUCUGUCCUUUUGCAGUUUGUUUUAACUUUAAAUACCUUGUUACAGCAAAACAAACAUCUGGAUCUGUGAUUUCUUAAACGCAGCUGGGAUGGAAGCGUGGAUCUCGAGAGCAGAAAGUUCCACUUCAGUGGACGGUUCGCGAGCGUGUCGGACUUUUGAAGUCACCAGAACUGACAAGAAAAACAAACCUGCUGUACGCUGCAGUCAAGUUCUUCGUCUCGGAAGGCGCCGGCGAGACGCGUUUGUCAAGACGUUCGGUGUUGGAUGGCUGAGUUGCGUGUUUCGCUUGAUAAAAUCAUGACUGAAACAAAAGUAUCCCAGUUUGUAUUUACACACAAACCAAAAGAUUCCUUGUGGAGUCGACUGAACUUUCUCCUGGACGUCCUAAGCUUCCACUGGAAGUCCAGGCGACGGUCCGGUCUGCUCCACAGCAUGUAUGCAGUAAGAGAGGACGGUUGUGUUUAGUAUAUGAAGAGAUUAACAACCAGUGAAGGUUUAAAAUUUCCUUUUUUUUCCACAAAUGUACUUUUUUAAAAACUUUAUUUGGAUUUACUCCAGACUGAAGGUUUUCCAUAAACUCUGUGCUGACUUGAAGUAUUUGAGUGAAUCGAGCUGUUUUCAGCGGCUGGUGACUGAUGUCGUUUGCACUUUCAGUAUUUUGUCAUCCAGUUCAUUUGUAGAAUAGAGAGGACACCAGACAUGACAAUUAAACACCAGAAUAAAACCUCGCGGAGCCUUUAUCGAGCGGAAAUAUGUCCUUAACCAAUCAGAUGCCUUGACUGAGUCACUGUACAGAACAGAGUUGUGAAUGUAAAACCUUCAGUGUGUGUACGUCCUGUGAUGUAGUUAGUUGCAGAGGCAGAUUUCAGCUCUUAUUAUAACCGCUCUUUAAAAAAAAAAGAAAGAAAAAAGAAAAGACAGACUCUCCCAGAGGUCUGUAGGUCUCUCCACUUGUGUAUCCGUUUUGUUUUUUACUUUGAAGAUAAGUAUGAUUGUGAUCAUCUCAGCGGGCACCGUUUUUAAUGAGUUAACAGAAUAAUGCUUUGUUACUAAGACUUGAUUUCCAGCCAGGUUUUGUCCAGUUCAGUCAGUUCCUUUUUUUUGCUAUUAUAAUGAUAACAGAUUAUUGUGGUUAAUGUUGGAAUGACAUGGGCCUUCUAUCAUCCUUCUGCCUUGUAUUGUUUGUUUUUGUAUGUUUAAAAAAAAUGUAUGUUAAUAAUUUUUAUUGUUAAUGGAAAGCCUGA